AUCACAUUCUCAGAGAGUUCUCGCUUUUAAAAUCGUUGACAUUCAUGUCCUUCUUCGCCCGCAACUUUAAUUUUACUUGCUAGCGACGUAAGGCAAUCGAGGAUGUUUUCAUUUACACGGCAGUUUACCAAACAAGGACGAGAAAUUACGGAAAGUGACAAGAAAAUUAUUUCAAUGGUUUUUGAGAAGUGUGACGAGGACAAGAAAGGGUACCUGAGCAGAGAAGAUGUGAAAAUGGCAGUGGUCAUGCUGUUUGGAUACAAACCAUCGAAGUCGGAAACAAACUUCUUCAUAGAGCAUGCUCUCCGCGACAGUUUGCCAGGUGUCCCGCUGGAUCUGCUGGUGUCUCUCAUGGGGAAGAAGUUGUCGGUGGAGGAUCCGUAUGACAAAACGCGGCACAUCUUCAAUGCGUUUGACGUGCACUGUCGCGGCUUCUUGACGAUGGAGGACUUCCAGAAGGCCUUCAGCCGAGCGGCUCCACGUCUGCCCCGGAGAACGGUGCAGGAGGCGUUUCGGGAGGUGGACCGGGACUCCGACGGCCAUGUCAGCUUCAAGGACUUUGAGCUUGCCGUCCGCCGCGGACGAGACAACCUCUAGCCGCUGAGUAAUUGUAGGAGCCGCUGAGAAAUUGCUACUCAUUUAGGAUGGAAACUAUGGUCAUUAUGCAGCAGCGGGGGGGCCCCGAGUCCUGGGCCGGGAUGACUGCAGUGUCUACAUGUUACUGUCUCACCAAAGCACUUACAUACCCAAUUCAGCUAAUUAUCGUUUUCAUUGAACCAAUUUAAGUACUAUUCCCGGCUCUCCGACAGUUAGUAAUUUAGAGCGAGCAAGAAACCUGCUAUAGAACUCAGCAAGGCCAGGACUGGCCCCGGCCAUUUCACCACACAGCUGGCAGUAAUGGUAAAAUACAAAAGUCCUCCGAUGUUUCCGCUUGUCAUAGUCAAGCAGAAACAUAGUAGCUUGGUCUUUAUGUAGGGAAGCACAAAAUAUGGCUAAUGUGCAGUUGUUUGUCACGGCAUGUUGAAAAGCCUAAUUUGACUAGGCUGAAUUUACACACUGAGAAGGUGCUCCUGCCUCUUAUCUUUGUGAUGUGUUGGGCCUUUUACGGUAUACUGCACUAGUCUGCCGGCAUUUACAAGAUAUUUUUUGUGUAUGGUGUUUGUCACUUCCAAGCUAUUAAAAAGCAUGUUUAGAGCUGUACAUCUUUUAGUCCCUUCGCGAAAUCCACUUCCACCUGAGAAUUGGGCAGGUUGCAUUAAAAUUGAAUAUUAACAGUCAUUGUCAGAUGUGUUUUUUUAAUCAGUUUUACACAAGCUUCUCUGUGACUGAACCCAAUGUAUAGGGGAUUUCCAAGGUUCCUCUUGUUAGGUAUGAUUAUGGAAUUGUAAAUACUUGUUUGUGUUUUGAGAGAUUUACAGUACUCUCGUCUGAAUAAAGAUGAAUUUGUUUUUGUAA